GUCUCCGUCUUCUAACUCAUUCAUAAAGCGUAGUAAACAGCCAAUAAACAAACAGGUAAAUUUCCGGCAGUUCUCGGAAUCGCUCGUAACUUUCCGGCGUAAAAACCGGAAGUGACGCUAUAUCUACCAUCGGAAGUCAGCGCGGUAAAAGAAAACUACAGUACUACUACAUGGACAUCAAAAAAAGACCUGCUUAUCAGUAAAAUAUGGUGAUUUGUGCGGUUGUGAAUUGUAAUAACAAUCCAGAGAAUACUGCUGGUGUGAGUUUUCACAGAUUUCCAAAUGUCAAAAAGAGGAAAGAUCUUUAUUUGAAGUGGAUCUACCAAGUAAACAGAGUCAACCCUUCUUCGACAAACACUACGUUAGACAAAUUAUGGACCCCAAAUUAUCAUUCUGUCGUUUGCUCCGACCAUUUUACUUCGGACUGCUUUACGAAGAAUCUAUCUGUAGUGGAAUCAAUGAAUCUUACAGGAUUUAAAAUAAGAUUAAAGCCUGAUGCGUACCCGACCCUACUCCUAGGUCCACAACAGCCACAAGUCGUCAUACCAAGUAUCAAGCCAGCUUUCAAAAAGAGGGAAGCACAGAGGGUCAUAUCAGAGGCAUAUAAUGACUACAUGUGUCAUCAACGAGAGGCUUUGAACACCCCGCCCCCUGAACCUGAUUCAGAUGAUGAGAUCCUUGAGGAAAACAAUGAACAUGAUGAAGCUCCAACAGUUGGGGAGAAAAGGGAUGCAUGUAUGCAGACCGAGAUAAAAAAGGUUUAUGUAAAGAGGAUCCAGACAGAAGAGUUAGACUUGAAACCAAUCCAGAGGACUAUUGGUACAAUGACAGAUUUCUGUCAAACGCCAGUCCUGAAAUCAACGGCAACUAUGACGGAAGAUGUGGUCCAGAAAUCUGUGGGAACUGAGACUGAUGCAGCAGUACUGCCCCUCCAGUGCAACAGUGAAGAUCAACAAGACACAGACUUGGAGGACAUUUCUGACGAGGAAGAUGAAGAUUGGCUUCCAGAUGAUGAAUCUGAUGAUGACUUUGAUGAAGCAAUUGAUGAACUGGAUAUCACAGACCAUCAAGAAGACCGAGCCCAUAGAGAGAGGAAAUACAUAGUCUAUGAGAGUUGCUUGAAAGAACUUUUGUCACCCUGUAGGAGUUGUCAAGAGCAUUGCAGAGUUGUGAUAAAGAGCAGGCUGGGGUCAUUUGUGCGUUUGUUGUCUUCCUGCGCGGCUUGUGGAUUUGUGUUCACUUGGGGUAGCCAGCCAUUGACUUCCAGGCUACCUUCUGGGAACUUGGAAGUAGCAGGGAGUAUUUUAUUCUCAGGAUCUAGUGUAUCCAAAGCUCUUCAACUAUUUAACAAUAUGAACAUUAUGUGCAUUAGUGAAAGGACAUUCAGGAAUAUUCAGAGUUCAUAUCUUAUCCCUGCGGUGCGGAACGUCUGGAUAGAGUACCAGACAGCUGCACUGCAACAGUGUGUUGCCAGAGACGUCAAAGUGGGUGGUGAUGCUAGGUGCUGUAGUCCUGGACAUUCAGCAAAGUAUGGCAGUUAUUCAAUAAUGGACCUUGAAAGUGGAUUGAUCUUAGCAGUUGAAUUAGUUCAGGAAACAGAGACAGAAAACUCAUACAGAAUGGAGAUUGAAGGUUUGAAGCGUUGUCUUCAGAGUCUUAGAGAAAGGAAUGUCCGUAUCACUGAUCUCACUACAGACAGGCACAUGCAAGUGAAGAGUUAUAUGGCAAAAGAAGAAACCUCAAUCAGACAUUGGUUUGAUGUAUGGCAUGUUGCCAAAGGUAUAUUCAAGAAACUUCAACUGUUGGCAAAGAAGAAGGGCUGUGAAAAAAUCAAAGACUGGUGCCACUCUAUCUCGAAUCAUUUAUACUGGUCUGCAGCGACAAGUGAUGGUGAUGGUGAUCUUGUGGAGGAGAAAUGGCUUUCCAUUUUGAAUCAUGUGUGUGAUAUCCAUGAGGGGCAUGGGGAUAGAUUUCAGGCAUUGGCUGAUAGAUCUUGGAUUACCAAAGGUUCCAAAGCUGACAAAGAGUUGCAGUUAAUUGUUGGAAAUAAAAGACUUGUGAAGGAUGUCAGGAAACUUUCACCGGCACAGCAGACAUCACAGCUGGAGGCUUACCACAAGACUGUGUGCCACUUUGCACCAAAGUUUCACCACUUCUUUUAUGAUGUUAUGAAAGCAAGAAUAAUUCUUGCUGCAAUUCAUCAAAAUGAAAACACUCAAAGACGACAAGCUGUUACUAAAGGUGGUGAACUAAGAUGGAAAGUGGCUUACCCAAAGGCAAAGAAAGGUGAUCACACCCUGAAAGCUGUGAUGGACACAUGUUCAUAUGAGUAUGUAGAGAGAUUAAUGGAGGAAGCCUUCGACCUAAGGAGAAGACAUCCCUCGUAUGAGGUAGCUCAAGAGACAUUUCGUCAGGAAUGCCCACCACCAAUGGCUGCUUUUGGUAACCGAGUGGAUAAAGGUGAAGCAGUCAGAAGAUACCGGACACGUUUUAACCGUUGAAGCUGCUUGUAAGGAAUGAAGAGACUGAUGUCAAUGAUAGUAUCACAAACCUCUAGUCCCAUUUUCAAAUAUUUUAUUUGUCAAACAAGUUCCUUUAAUCUUCUUUGCUUUGGCAUGUAAAUGAAUUACUUUUCCUUGAUCAUUUGACUAUAGUCAUCAGUAAUACAUGUCAUUUUACAGUACAAUAAUUUGGUUGUUUUUUAAUAUUUAUUAUACAAAAACAGCUGC